UCUGUUAUUGUGUGUCACUCGGAGCUGCCCUGCAGCCUUCCUCUUUAGGUUUACACAUAUUUACUUAAAGUGGAUAAAAAUGUCUUUUCCAAGAGCUCCUUUGAAACGGUUCAACGAAAACGUAGGUUGUGCCCCUCCACCCGGGACCUAUGAUAUCAAACCUGGGGACCUUAAGGGAGCCGCUUCCUUCGACAAAUCUGAUCGUUUCAGACAUGUUAAGGCUGCGGCUCUUCCUCCACAAACCCCCUCCAGAAGUGGCCUCAUGUCUCCUGUCCGUAGGACCAUGUCGGUUGAUGGUCUUAUGGACAGUUCAAGUGUAAAGAAAGAGAAGAAUGCCAUGACUACGGAAAGGAAGCAGCGGAAACUCGUGGAAAAAGAGAUACGGUCCCUGGUUCAGCAGCGAGGGGAGCAGGACCGUCGCUUGCUGGCUCUGGAAGAAGAGCUGAAGAAGGUGGAGGCUAAGCUGCUGGCUGCAGUCAGGGAAAAGACGGGCCUUUCGGCCAAUGUUACCACUCUUGACAGACAGCUGGUUGAGCUCAAGAAAGUCAAUGAGUUCCUCAAAAACAAGGUUUCUGCUGACACUACAAAGAAGAGAAUUGUAUUGCUCACAACAGAGUUGACGGAGGCCAGAAACACUUUGGAUGCUAAAAACAAGGAGUUAAAGGUCCUGCAGAUUAACACUGAAGGCAAAGUAAAGGCCCUUAAAACUGACCUGCAAGCUGCCAGGGCAACUGUCAAUACUCUGAAGGACAGAAAUAAGGACUUGGAGGACCUACAUCAAGUGACCAAAGCCCAGAACGCAGAGCUUGAGAACGAGAACGCUAGAUUGCAUGGUGUGAUUCGGGAGCUAAGGGAGGAGACCCAAGUCGUGCAGGAAUACCUGGAUACAGCCAAUGACCAGAUCCAGGAUCUUCGCUCGACGCUCAGAGAGAAGACAGUGGAUGACACUGUUGCUGGUUCUCAUGUGGAGAAAGUAAAGCAACUGGAGACCGACCUAGAGCAGCGCACCACUGAGCUAGGAACCAUCCAAGAUGUGCUCAGACGAAAAGAGGAGGAGGCAGAGCAAUUCAAGCAAGAGCUGCAGGCCUCAAAGGAAGUCUUGUUGGACGUGGAGACGAGGUUGGAGAACCAGAAGCUGGAGCUGAAGUCUUCACAGGAGCAGAUGCAGUCAGCCGACCAGGAAGUUCAGGAGUCUCAAGCAACAGUUCGCCAGCAGGAGGCAGAGCUCGCCAGACUGAGAGAGGUGCUCAGGAGGACGGAGAAGGAGCUGGACGAGAGAGUGGCUCAUCUGGAGCAGAGGUGUCUGUUCUCUGAGGAAGAGAGAAGCAAGACUCAGGAGGAGGGAAUGAGGAGAGUUGAGCAAUUGAAAGCAGAGCUCAUCUUGCUAAAGGAAGCUAGAAAAGAGGAGCAAAACAGAUGGACCGAGCUCCAACAAGAACAUGCUGCACUUACAGAGGAGCUGACGAAAGAAAAGGCGCUUGUGGACUCCCUGUCUGUGCUGGUGGAGCAGGAGAGGGAGGAGUCUGAGGAGCGGCUGAGGCAGCUAAAGGAGGAGAUGGAGGAGGUACUGGGGGAGCUCGCUAUCCUGGAGGAACAGGAGCAGAAGAGGCAGGAGACGGUGGAGAGCGGUCAGGAGGAACUCCAGAGGCUGCAGGAAGGCAACGAUGAGCUGGAGAAACAGCUCAGUGACACUAGGGCACUGUUUGAGAGUAAGAGCAAUGAGGUGGCAGGUUUGAAAGAGGAACAUUUAGCAGCCAUCACAGAACUCCAAGAGGCACACACAAACUCUCUGAGCACGAUGGGAGACAUUGUCACAGAGCUUGAAAGCGCCAGGGAGGCUCUGCGGGGGGCCGAGGGAAGGCGGCAAGAACUGGAAGCGGAGGUGGAGAGGGUGACGCAGCAGAUGGAAGAAAUGGAGAAAGCGCUUCAACAGAGAGAGGAGGAGGUCGACCAACUGAAGGAUGGGCUAGAGGAGCACCAGGAGCGGCAGUUAGCCGAAGCAAAAGCCAGGGGGGAGAAUUCAAGGAAGUUGCUGGAGGUGCAGACUUGCCUUGCUCAAAAAGACGAAGAGAUGAAAGCCAAGGAGGCGAGCCACGCCGCCCUGAUCAGUCAGCUACAGCAGGAGAUACAGCUGCAGACAAACGAGAGAGAGGAGGCACUGGGGCACCUAGAGGAACAGAGAGGUCAGGGUCUAACUCAGCUACAAAAUGAAAUGGAACAAGCCCAGAAAUUGGUAGAGGAAGUCCGCCAAGAGAAAGACGAAAUAAUGGAACAGCUCAAACAAGAAAGAGAGGAGCACCAGCAGGUCAGGUCAGAGGUGCUAAGACUGAACACCCAGAGUGAGAGAAUAGACGAGGAAAUGAAGAGUGUUUUGUCUCAAGUGGAAGCCAAAGAGCAGGCUAGGUUCGCUCUGGAAAACCAACUAAACGUGGCAGAGCAGGAGAGAAACCGCCUGGAGGAGGCCGUACAAUGCGGCGUGAACUUCCACGCCCAAUUACACAUCAUGGAGGAGAAGACUCUGACUCUGCAGCGUGAGUUGGAAGAACAGAGGAAAGACAGGCUGACUCUACAGGAGCAGGUGGAAGUUCUGACCCAGGAAAAGGUCACGCUGCUGUGGGAGAUGGAGGAGCAGCGACAGGAACUGAAAAGACAGAUAACUGAAGCCCAGGAGGAAAGCUCCCCAAGUUCAGAGACUGAAAAGUGGAGGAAACAAUAUGAGGAGCUUUUUGCGAAAGUCAGGCCUUUUCAGGAACAGCUGAACGCGUUUGCAGCCGAGCGGAACGCACUACUCAACGAAAAUGGAGCAAACCAAGAGGAGUUGAACAAGUUGUCUGAUGCUUACGCUCGCCUGAUGGGCCACCAGAACCAGAAGCAAAAGAUCAAACAUGUGAUGAAGCUCAAAGACGAGAACAUCUCCCUAAAGCAGGAGGUGACGAAGCUGCGGUCCCAGCUGAACCGGCAGAAGAUUGAUCUAGAGCAGCUCAAGUCAAAGCUCUCCGGUUCUCCUCACCGCAAGUUUGAUCCCAGCAAAGCCUUCAAGCACGACAAGGAAAACGUGAAAACUGAAACUCUUAAAGAAGGAAAUCAUUAUGCAUAAUGGAGCCCUCCUGCCGGACGAGAACUAACUUGUAUAUUACAUCUUCAGUUGUGGUUUUAAUAGGAAUUUGUACAAAAUAAUUUGUGUCCUUUUUAAGGCCAAGCUUUUCCAUAGAGCCGGCAAGAAUGUAUGUUUUGUUUUAAAGAUAAUUGUAAUGAGCAGAUUGUACAUGUGCAGGAAAAAUAAUGAGCAAACAGAUGGCUGCAAGUAUACACACAAUCCAGAGGACAAUAGCAUAGUCAGCAGUCAAAUAUGAGAAGUGUUUUUACUUUUACUCUAUUCUUUUAACUAUCUUAGCAAUUCUUAGGGUGGGGGUAACAGAACAGUUAGUAUUUCAUGCUGUAUAGUUUUUGUUUUUAAUCUUUCCUCUUUGUAAAUAAAGUUCUAAAACUAA